GACUUUGGAGAUGCCACAAAUUGGCCAACACCAGGUGAAAUAGCUCACAAGAGUGUACAGCAACCGUCGCAAAAAUCCCAAUCUCUCCGGAAGCUUCAUAUUAAGAAAAACAUGAGGGAGCAGGAGAAAGGGGAAGGAAGUGACGGCAAAGAGAACAUUAAAACCCGAUCCGAUGAAUCAGGGGAAGAGAAGAAUGGAGAUGAUGACAACCAGAAAUCGGCUCAGAAGAAAAAGGGAUGGCAUUUAGAUAACAAGCAUGAACGGAACUGGCCUGACCAUGAUGAAACUUCUAGUGUUAAAAGCGAGGGGGCAACUGUGCGUGGUGCUUUCAGGGGCAGAGGACGUGGUCGGGGACGAGGGAGAGGGAGAGGAAGAGGAGGUACUCGCUCUCACUUUGAUUAUCAUUAUGGGUAUCGGAAAUUUGAUGCUUCUGAUGGCUCACGUACUCAGAAAUACACCAGUAAUAUCACUUAUUACUUUGACAACAUCAGCAGCACUGAGCUCUACAGUGUUGACCAAGAAUUGCUCAAAGACUACAUCAAACGACAGAUAGAAUAUUACUUCAGUGUCGACAACUUGGAAAGAGACUUCUUCUUAAGGCGGAAAAUGGACACUGAAGGUUUCCUUCCCAUCACUCUCAUUGCCAGUUUCCAUCGGGUACAGGCCCUAACCACAGAUGUUGGCCUUAUCAUUAAGGCAUUAAAAGAUAGCAAAGUGGUGGAGAUCGUGGACCAGAAAAUCAGAAGAAAGGAAGAACCAGACAAGUGGCCUUUACCUGGCCCUCCCAUGACAGACUAUGCACAAACUGAUUUCUCUCAGCUAAUCAACUGCCCAGAGUUUGUGCCCAGACAGAGCUUCCAAAAAGAGACAGAAUCUGCUCCUGGUUCUCCCCGCUCUGCCAGUCCCGUGCCAAGCAAGACAGAAGAAGUUACUAAUCUGAAGACACUACCUAAAGGCCUUUCUGCCAGCCUGCCUGACUUGGACUCAGAGGCAUGGAUUGAAGUGAAGAAGAGGCCUAGACCGUCUCCCAUCAGACCCAAGAAAACAGAAGAAUCUAGAACACCAUUGAAACAGAAGGAUCAGGAUGAACCAGAGGAGCUGGACUUUCUUUUUGAUGAGGAAAUGGAACAGAUGGAUGGUCGUAAAAACACCUUCACUGAUUGGUCAGAUGAGGAUUCAGACUACGAGAUUGAUGACAGGGACGUGAAUAAAAUUUUGAUUGUAACCCAGACACCCCCUUAUCUGCGCCGUCAUCCAGGGGGAGACAGAACAGGCAACCACACUUCCAGGGCAAAGAUGAGCUCAGAAUUGGCCAAAGUGAUCAAUGAUGGACUAUAUUACUAUGAGCAGGACCUGUGGACAGAACAAUUUGAGCCGGAAUAUUCUCAGAUAAAGCAAGAAGUAGAAAACUUCAAGAAGGUGAAUAUGAUCAGCAGAGAGCAAUUUGACACUCUGACCCCUGAGCCUCCUGUUGAUCCAAAUCAGGAAGUUCCUCCAGGACCACCCAGGUUCCAGCAAGUUCCAACUGAUGCUCUGGCAAAUAAACUCUUUGGUGUGCCCGAACCUUCAACCAUUGCCCGAUCUUUGCCAACAACAGUGCCAGAAUCCCCAAACUAUCGCAAUGCAAGAACUCCUCGGACCCCUCGUACACCUCAGCUGAAGGACCCUACACAGACGCCCCGGUUUUACCCAGUGGUUAAAGAAGGCAGAUUGAUAGAUGCCAAGACACCCCGGAAAAGGAAAACACGGCAUAGUUCAAAUCCUCCAAUGGAAUGCCAUGUUGGUUGGGUGAUGGAUUCCCGGGAGCAUAGACCUCGAACAGCAUCCAUCAGUUCCAGUCCUUCAGAAGGCACCCCAGCCAUAGGCAGCUAUGGCUGCACCCCACAGUCAUUGCCUAAGUUCCAGCAUCCUUCCCAUGAACUCCUGAAAGAAAAUGGCUUCACACAACAUGUCUACCACAAGUAUCGCCGGCGCUGCCUUAAUGAACGGAAACGAUUGGGCAUUGGCCAGUCCCAGGAAAUGAAUACUCUCUUUAGAUUCUGGUCAUUUUUCCUUCGUGAUCACUUUAACAAGAAAAUGUAUGAGGAAUUCAAGCAACUGGCUCUGGAGGAUGCAAAAGAAGGGUACAGGUAUGGACUGGAGUGCCUCUUCAGAUAUUAUAGUUAUGGACUGGAGAAGAAAUUCCGACCUGACAUAUUUAAGGAUUUCCAAGAAGAAACUAUAAAAGAUUUUGAGGCUGGCCAGCUUUAUGGGCUUGAAAAAUUUUGGGCCUUCUUAAAAUAUUCCAAAGCCAAAAACUUGGACAUUGACUGCAAACUGCAAGAAUACCUCAGCAAAUUCCGCCGCCUUGAAGACUUCCGAGUUGAUCCUCCUAUAGGGGAAGAAGGUAGCCACAAGAGAUAUGCAGCAACAGUAGGAGUAGAUGGAAGGAAGCGAUACCCAUCUCAGUCUUCUAGCAAGGCUGUUGGCCAUACUCCAUCCAGUCAAAUGUCUGCCUCAUCCAGUCAAGUCCCCAACUCAUCAAGCCAGGAAGAUGCCAAAAACCUGAGCCAGCCACAUGCAGUUUCCACAGCCACGGUGGAAACCCAAACAGUGGGGAAGUAGGCGCACUAGAACUACCAGUGAAAAAGGGGGCAGGGAGUUGGAAUGUAAAAGUCCAAGACCAGGCUGCUUGCGGGAGGUGGGGAUAUACCGUGCAUAUGAUUUUUCUUGUUGGCUGGAAAAACAAGAUGAUCCAAGUUGAAUGCAUCCUUUUCCUCGCUGUGAUUAAGUCAUUGAUUGGAGCCAGACCUUCACAUUUUCAUGUCUUAGCGCCUUUCAGGGGUUAGGUUGGGUUGGGAAAGGGGAGAUUUUUAUAAAUAUAAAUAUAUAUUAUAUAUAUAUAAAUAUAUAUAUAUAUCAAGUUUUAAAUUAUUGAUAGAAGUUUGUUUGGAUAAACCAAAAUUAUUCUGCAUCAUGCAGCCUCACAAUCCAGCUCCUUCUCAUCCCUCUGAACACUUGACAACUAUGCAGCCCACUUGGUAAGCUGGAAGUUUGGACUGAACAAUUUAGUGUCAUUUGGAGAACUAGCCUUUGGGCUUUCCAAGUUCAGCAGGCACCGCCCCUUCUGGAUAUAGCAAUGCACAAGAGGAGUCUCUGCUACCAUCACAUGUACCACCAUUACUUCUGUUGUGGCUCCUUCUAUGCUGCUCAUCUUUUCCAUCAGAAACUGACGACUGGAAAUGAACCAAAGGACCCUGGCUGAAAGUGGGCCCACUUUACAUUGGGCUUGCCCAGUUCUUUUGCGUGAUGGGUAGAACAUAAACUUGCACAGUGUCUCCCCUCGCAUAGGAAUGCUAAGACUUUGCUAAAACAGCUUUCACUUAAAAAAAAAAACACAAAACACACAAAAAAACUUGUUUAAAAAAAAAGUCUGUUUCUUUGCUUCCUUCCUUGAAAAUAAUAAGUUGCCUUAUUGUGGAGUUGGGAACUUGUAGGCAUCCCUGACUUGAGCAAAUUGGGAAAACGGCAUCUGCUUGGGACUCAGCCAGACUGUGAUAUAUUUCUGUUCCCUGUUCAGUGACUCUUGUCUGCAGUAGCUGGUGACUGUCUUCCCUUUAACCCAGCUGUGAUCUGCAUCAACUGGAACAAUACUGUUGAGAUCUAGCUGAAUGUUGGUUCAAACCACACGGACAGCUUCUCUCCAGAGCAGGGGAUACUGGGGCGCUUCAGCCUGCAACUUCUGCUAUUGUGUAGUUGAUGCUGAUGUAUAUGUAUCAACUGUUUUAGCGUCCUUUCUGCUACAACUGCAUCUGCCAUUGCUUCACUUAGACCUCCAGGUGCACCGCUAUUUUCCUCCCUAUCCCACCUGGGCAGGCCAGGAACUUGUUUGUUGAUUUCAUGAAAUCUUCCUAUCCCAGAGCAGGCAGGCAGGUGUGCCAGGAAAAGAGUAACACAGAGGGAGGAUCUAAAGGCACGCACCCUUGCUUUUCAUCUAUGUGGUUGAAGAAUGUGUCUACAGGAAAACAGCUUUAACCUAAGCAAAGUAGGAUUUUUAUGUCUGAUGGUUUCCAAAUUUGAGGUAGCUUACUAGUGUUAAUUACUUGAACAGAAUUCCCUUUCUGUAUUCUUUCUAAUAACAGAUAUGAUAACCUGCCUCCCUUCCCUGGAAUGACCAUGUAGCCAAGGAAUCAGCUGUUUAGACUGUUCACUAGCUACAAGUAUCACUUUUGAUGUUCUUGCAUCACCCCCCCCCCAAAAAUCCAUGAAUUAGAACCAUGUCAGCUGUGUCAUAGAACUUUAUACAAAGCACCAAGUUUAUCUUGGCUGCUAUUGGGCUAACUGCUGGAACUUUUGGAGGUUAUUCACAUGGCUGUAACAGUUGAAAACAGCUGUCCUGAACUAUAGGAGUGAACAGCAGAGAAGAAGGAAAUAAAUACAUGCUACAAUUUG